AUGACUUUCCCGCGAUCUCCUCUCCCGGAGCAAAGCUUGGCAUUUAGUGACUUCCAUGACGAUUACCCCGAUUCAAACGAACCAGACCCUCCGAAGCAGUCCAUCCCGGAUAAAGACCACCUUGCGCGCUUCGAACACUUCAUCACGACGGCCAUGCCCAAAGCCGCGGAAGUUACAGGCAACAACUACACCAGAUGGGACGAGCACAAGGCCGUUGCAGCGAUCGUCAAAGCCGUCGCGAUCUGGCCACUCCUUAACUUGGACUUCGUCACGCGAGACUACCCGCGCGCCAAGCGCAACUUGAAGAAGAAGAAAUGGUCCUUGACGAAGCGCAAUAGGUUGGUCCUGCGGUUGUAUAACGACGAUGACAUCGCAGCCUUGGCCAUCUACAACCAGAUCAAACCGAGACACAGACAACGCAUACUCGCCGAGAUUCGCCAACGGGAGCGCCAUAGGAAAGCGUUGGCUAGUGGAGAUGGGGAUAAGGAGGGUAUGUGA